GUCAAAAAGUGAAUGAGUGCGGCACAUUACUAACAACUGUCAUAGCGAAAUAGAAAACAACAAAAGUGGUUUUCAAGUCUGAUUUCAUUUAUAUUAAACUAGCUUUUGGAGUACACACAAUUCCUCUUAAUAAUGGAGCCUUUGCAGAUCAAUAGUGGUGAGGAUUAUGUUAAAGUUAAUAUAUCGAAUUCCAAAAACGACAGCAUCGCGCUGGAUUUGAAAUUUGCAAAAAGCCUUACUAUCGGCCAGCUUAAGUGCAAAUUGGAAAUCAUAACAGGCGGCAAUGCGGCUACAAUGCAAUUGGAGUUGUAUAAUGGCGAUCGACUGGUCACAAGUCUGCAUGAUGACACCGUCCUAUUGGGCGCAUUGCCCAUAGAAACGGGUAUGCGCAUACAUGUAAUCGACAACUUCAAUUGGAUUGCAGAUGUAGAGAAAUUCGAGCUAACCGACGAACAAUACGAAACUAAACAGGAUACUGUGCGUAAUUUUCUGAAAAAGAAUCGCAUGGGCAAGUACAAUGAAGAAGAGACGCGUCAGAAGGAAGAAAAAUUACAACGACAACGGCAGCUGGAGCAGGAGCGAGCUGAGUUGUGUACUAUCGGUGCGCGCUGUCAGGUGACAGUGCCUGGCAAUCCACUGCGUCGUGGUACCGUAAGAUACAAUGGGCCGAUUGAGGGCAAGAAGGGUAUUUUCAUUGGUGUGGAGUAUGAUGAACCGCUUGGUAAAAAUAAUGGAAGCGUUGAUGGCAAGAUAUACUUUAAUUGCGCACCCAAUUACGGCGGUUUUGUGCUACCAACGGCUGUCGAAGUUGGCGAUUUCCCGCCAGAGGAUACAGGCCUCGAAGAAGAUGAGAUUUAAACCAAACGUCCAGUUUGGCGCAUACUUAAAGUAUAGACUACGCAUUUGUGAUUGAUUUUAUUUAAAACUUAGGUGUAAACCACAUAGUAACAAUACAUACAUAUAUUUUAUUAAGCUAA